AUGUAUUUCUGCAACUUCCUCACCGCUGCAUCCUUUAUCGCUAUGGUCGCCUCCGCAGCGCUGCCCGAGACCCAAGGCGCAUACGUUCCUGGCUUUGAGAAGUCUUGUGUGGAGGGUUGUAAAGCGGAUGGAACCGCAAAUGAGAACUGCUAUGGAUGGUGCCCUCAGUGCGACGCGAGUCUCAGUGAUGACUGCCUCGCUGAGGAUAAGAUUUAG